AUGACGAGCAUAAUCUACAACAUGUCCUUAGCUGUGCUGAUUACUAUAGCUUUCUCUUGCUCCAAUUCGAUUGUUGCAGCACCAGCACCUUCUAUUAAGUCAGAGGCAAGUGCGCUUCUCCACAGCAAGUGGUGGCCUCCCUCCGUCACCGGCAACACUUCUUUAUCUCAUUGCUCGUGGCCCGGAGUAUCAUGCGAUGCCUCUAGGAGCAUCAACGGGAUUGACUGGGCGCUCCAGUACCAAAUUGGAGGUCCCAUUUCAUCAUUUAUCUGGAAUUUGACGAGUAUGACUUCUCUCUCGAUGCAAGUAAACAAAUUUAGCGGCUCUAUUCCAUCAGAAAUAGGCAAUUUGGAGAAUUUGUUCCGGUUGAAUUUGAGCGAAAAUAGAUUUGAUGGUGCCAUCCCAUCAGAAAUAGGAUAUUUAAAGGAACUCGCAUUUUUAGAUUUGAGCUCGAAUAACUUGGUCGGGAAAAUUCCUGUUGAACUUGAGAAACUGAGUCGGUUAAGCGAUCUCGAUCUUCACAACAAUUCUCUUUCUGGCUCAAUUCACACAUUUAUAAUAUUUUCUAACUUAAAUCACCUCAACUUAUCAUACAAUUGUCUCAAGGGCCCAAUUCCAAAAAAUCUCAAGGCUGUUUUUCCUGAUACUGCUUUUCUCGGCAAUGAAGAUUUGAACCAGUUUCACAAAACCGAAGCCCCCAGAAGAAGGUCUAGUGUAAUUCAUUAUAUGACAGUGUUCAUUCCGCUAGCUGCAAUUUCAUGUAUAGCAGUCGGAUCUUGCUUUCUAUUUCGACAUGCAACAAAGACAGAGCAACCAAAGACUACAGAAAAAAAUGGAAAUUUCUUGUCAAUAUGGAAUUAUGACGGAGGGAUUGCAUAUGAAGACAUAAUUGAUGCAACAGAGGACUUUGAUCUCAAAUAUUGCAUCGGGACUGGUGGUUAUGGUAGUGUCUAUAAAGCGCGAUUGCCCAAUGGGAAAGUUGUGGCAUUGAAGAAACUUCACCGUCUUGAAGCAGAGGACCCAUCCUUCGACAAGAGCUUUCGAAAUGAAGUUAAACACUUGACAGAAGUAAGGCAUAGAAGCAUAAUCAAGCUCCAUGGUUUCUGUUUACAUAGGCGAUGCAUGUUCUUGGUUUACAAAUACAUGGAAAAUGGGAGCCUAUUCUGUGCUUUGAGAGAUGACAUCGAAGCGGUGGAAUUGGAUUGGUCCAAAAGAAUCAAUCUUGUCCAGGACACAGCACAUGCUUUGUCUUACAUGCACCAUGAUUGUGCUCGGCCAAUUGUUCAUCGAGACAUAUCUAGCAACAACAUCUUACUCAACAAUAAAAUGCAGGCUUUUGUAUCAGAUUUUGGCACCGCAAGACUUCUGGAUCAUGAUUCCUCAUCUAACUUCACUACAAAUAUCGCUGGCACCUCUGGAUACAUUGCACCAGAGCUCGCAUAUACUUUGGUCGUUAAUGAGAAAUGCGACGUAUAUAGUUUUGGAGUGGUAGCAAUGGAAACAAUGAUGGGUGAGCAUCCAGGAGAUAGUGUAUCUAUCUUGUUGACAUCCUCUAAAGAAGAUAUCAUGAUACAUAAAAUUCUGGACCAGCGGUUGCCUUUUCCAAGAGAGAACUAUGUUGCAAGAAGUAUUGUUUUGAUAGUUUCUCUGGCGCUUGCUUGCUUGAGUGCUAAUCCAAAGUCUCGACCAACUAUGAAGCAAGUCUCAGAAGCUUUUUUAGCUCGAAAGUUACCAUUGGCAAAGCCUUUCCAUGAGAUCUCAUUGGCUCAGCUGCGAUAUAUUAACAGAUCAUGGUUGGAAGGUGAAUCAACAGAAGCUUCAUUAGGAUGA